AUGUCGUCGUUGUUCGGCUUCAACUCUGAUUCUGCUACCUCCACUAAGAUCCUCGAGGAUUUAGAAGAGCUGAACUCGACUCUCGGUCCUAUUGUCUCAGCUGCAGGUACUCGGUUGCCUCUCAUUCCCCAUUUCGACUUAACCUACAAUAAGCCGCUCGGAAAGGGUGCAACGUUUGAAGUCAACUGUGAAGUCUUCAAACCUCGUGGCGGACCCUCCCCCUACUAUGUCGCCGUCAAGUAUGUGGUUCUGACCGCCGACAAUGGGGAUCGUGAGAGACGGAAUAGCUGCGUCGCUAGGGAGUUGCGCGUUGGGACACAUCCGGCCUUGACAAAUGUGCAAGAGAUUCUGCCCUUGAUCGGCUACGGUUGGAACACAAACCUCCUCAUCAGGACACCCUUUCUCAUGGUGCCAUUUUCCGAACACGGCACCUUGUCCUAUUAUUUGAGACGUAGAGAUGUUCGUGAAUGGAUCGACAUGAGUGGCCGACGAGAUCUGGCUUUAGAUGUCGCAAGGGGACUGGAAGCUCUACACAGCUGCAAGAUCAUCCAUGGUGACAUCAAGCCAGACAAUGUGCUCAUUUUCACCACAUUUGGUCGAUCUAGAGACCGCUGGAAUCAGAUGGCAAAACUCUCAGACUUCGGAGGUUGUAUCUUUGAAGAUGAAUCCUCAAAGAAUCUGUAUGGUGGUACUCCUCUGUACAAUGCGCCGGAACAAGAAGGCAGGGGAAAUUUCAAAGCAUCGGAAUGGCGAAACCCCAAGGACUAUUACGCAGCGGACAUCUGGUCUCUCGGUCUCACUGUUUGUGAGAUCAUCCUUGGUCGCCCUUUCAUCCAAAAAGAUUGGCUUGAUAAAGGCCAAUCAAAGCUGGAAUUCCUGGACCAGAUGGCGAUGUCCGCAGGCGACAGUCUUCAGUGGAAGUUGAGGGGAUUGUGCUCUCAUUUCCUGGAAGAGGCUACACCGAUACGGCAGUCAAUACUAGAAACCCUUCGCAUGACGCUGUACGACGAUCCACACAGACGUGCCAAUAUUCGGGAUGUUGUACGAGUCCUCAGUCAAGGAGCCACGACACCUCAUAUCGUGAUCGAUCUUAAGUCAUUGCCUUCAAGGUCGGGUAAGGCUAUGGUUGAUAAAAUUCACACCGCUCAAGAUGAAAAUCACGACGGGAGCAGCAGCUUGUCAGAAGGCUCAUGCUCACCAAAGGCAGCUGGUCCACCGGGCGAAACAGACCUAGAGCAGGUGCAUAUCAGGAUGGCGAGCCAAGCAGCUGCCCAGUGGCGAAUAGACGCUGCCAAAGUGUUUGAUCAUGUCAUGAACCUCGGCAUGCCAUGGAUUGUGCAAGAGAGCAUUUUCAAAGAGCUGCAACACCAAGCUCCUCUCGAGCGUGCUGCAAGUGAGAAUGCUGGAGGCAGCUACUUUGAGAAUUGUUUGCGUCUAGCCUUGGCCUACAAGGUUGGAUUCGGUGUGCAUCCUGACAGAAGUAUGAUGAUUGAAUACUUUACCAUCAGCGCCCGUGAAAACGAGAUAGCUAUGGCACUCUGGUAUCGGAUAGCCUCCUCCUUGCAACUUGAAAUCGCCAAGACAAAAUGGAUCCGUCAAACAUUGGACUGGCAGCUCAAGAGAUCCGAGAAGCCGGAAAAGGCAACAAGAUACUUCAUGACCAGAGUCAAGUUAUAUCAAGAAAGAUCAGCCCCACUUCUGCCGACUAUGCUAGAUGACUCGGGGCUUGAUGGCUCAACGCUGCUUCUAUUUGCUUGCCAGGAUCAGAACUUCACGGCUGCAAUGGAUAUUUGUAGCAAGGUGCAGAGAUUUGUUCUGAUACCAGGCGAGCCAACUCCACUCCAUUGGCUGAUUAAGUUUAAUGAGACACAGGCCGAGUCACUGGGCAAUGCUCUUAUUUGUGGGCAGGGAGCGGGACCUGGGCCGUGUGCCGAAUUCGUUAAUCAUUGUCCAGACUUUACGAUUGUUUUACCUGCCCAUUGCCUUGAACUUGGCGGGUCACCUCUUCACUGGGCAGUCAGGACACGGAAUGUCAGUCUGGUACAGCUUCUAAUCAAACUUGGGGCCAACGUGAACGUGUGUUGGAAACAAGCCGGCACGACUAUUGCAGACAACAAAGAUGCGCAAGAGACUCCCCUUGAGAUUUCAGUGCAAUAUCAUUUACCUGAGUUAGUACAGGUUUUACUUGAGGCUGGUGGGCGUGGCUCAUCUUCCCACUCUGUUUUCUAUAAUAUCGGGGCCAGGUGUAUGCCUUUUGCGAGGCAUAUCAUACAUGGUCCUCAUUAUCGGCAAGCACUCCGCGACACAAUUCAAGUCCUCAUUGCUCAAGGUCUUGACCUUUGGAUCGAGGACGAGCGUGGGAAUAGCCCUUUGAGCAUCGCGGUGGAGGACCCCGACUGUGAAACUUAUAUCGUUGAGGAGCUUCUUGCAACUCUGCCACCAGAAGGACCAAUCACUUCUCAUUACGCUCUUGUCAGUUCGGCUGUAAAUUGCCUUACUCGACGCCACAGCGUGUCCUCUCUAGGCCUGAUAGCUUCCCGUUCGAGGGAGUGUAUCAAUGCUCUUGAUGGAUCUGGGCGGAAUGCGCUACACUACGCUGUUGUUACAGACAGUGUUGAGGCGGUGAAAAUCCUUGGUCAAAUUGUUGAGUGCGAUUUUGAUACUUUCAGCUCAGACGGAGACCACGCAAUUCAUCUAGCAGCUCGCUUUGGAUCGGUUGGCGCCAUUCCGCUCAUAGUCGCCAAAGGCGUCGAUCUGAACAUUCUCACAAAGCCUGGCGAUUUGUCUAAUGACAGACCCCCAGAAACCCCGCUCAUGAUUGCUGCUUCUCGACAGAAACGCGAGACAGCUGAUUUCCUUCUCGAGAAUGGAGCUAAUCCCUUCUUUGACAUUGCGUCCGCCGUCUAUCCUACUGUUCUCCUAGCUGCCUGCACGGGUCCUCGACGUGGAGAUUCUAUCCUUCCGCAUCUGUUGUCAAAACACGGCAAUCUUUGUGAUAAGUCGGUUCUUGAUGCUGCAGGUAGUACCGGUUGGACAGCUCUUCAUCAAGCCGCUUUCUUCGGCGAUGUCCAGUCCGUGCUAGCUUUGCUAGACAAAGGUGCCGAUCCCAUCCGGACCGAUAUCAGAGGCAAAGCUCCAUUGGAGUUAGUAACAGAGUUAUUGAAUACUAUCAGGAACGAUAACAGAGUCAUACCAACACACGAGCGCAUUUUCCAGAAGGGAAAGCAGGCUGUUGCCGACCUCGAGGCGGCGCUAGACGAGGUGCGCAGAAUACUCACUCUGGCUGCAUCCUCGUUAUAG